UAUGGUGUUUGCAUUCAGGUUAUGUGUAUGUUUUAGAGACAACAUUUGUCUCUGAUGUGUUUUCCAUUAUUCCAUUGUGUGUUUUCCACUGGAAGUAAAAUAUUUGGAAGAUAAAGUUUCAUGUAAUAUAAUGUCAGAUGAAGAAAAUCUGAUUCUAGAGGAUUUUUCCUCAAUUUGUAGGACUUGUUUACUGAAAUAUGAAGACGAAAGUUUAUUGUGUUUGAAUGAAUUAUAUAUAGUUGAUGGAGAAAUUAGAUUAAUGGAUAUACUUUCGAAAUAUACCCAAAUAGAAGAAAAUGAACAUUAUCCACAAAAAAUGUGUACUGAUUGUAUAAUUAAGGCUGAAGCAGCCUAUUGUUUUUUCGUCAAAUGUAACGAAUCUAAUCUUAUAUUGAGUCAAUUCAGUAGUACAAAUGAUACAGAAGAAAUAUUGGAUGGAUUUCAAUGCAAUGGCAAUGAAGAAAAUGAGCAGGAGUCAAAUUGUGAAGUCAUAAAAUUAAUAAAUGAUGAAGAUCAAGAAGAUAUGGAAAUUAAAAUCAUUCUAGCUGAAGACGAUUGUGGAAAUGAGAUUGAUGAAACUAAUGAAUUUGGGAGCUGUGAUGAGAAGUUUACAAUAGAUCAUGUAGCUAGUUUGAACACAAAUAAUCACUAUUCACUUGAAAAGUGUAAAUUUUGUAACAUAGAAUUGGAAGUAGAAGAACUAGAGGAACACAAAGUUAAGCUUGGUCACUAUGAUGAUAGUGAAAUGAUUAAAUGUCCAUAUUGUGAUAUUAUUACUCGAAAUAUCACUAACAUGAAACAACAUUUAAGAAAAUUUCAUAGCAAUAGAAAAGAAUCAAAGAAACAUGUAUGUGAUAUUUGUUGUAAAGUAUUCAAGUGGAGUAAAAAUUAUAAAGAGCAUUUGAAAAGUCAUAACUCAAACCCAGAGGAGAAAGUAAUGUGCCCAGAAUGUGGUAUUUUAUUGGGAAAUGUAACUGCAUUACAAAUUCAUCGGGGGAAGGAACAUGUCCAGACACUAAAUAUGUCCUGGAACUGUAAACAUUGUAGCAUAAUUUUUCGACAAAUAGCUGAAUUCAAGAAGCACCUAAGGGAAGUUCAUGCAGAGAAGGAUUUUCAUUGUAUAAUAUGUGGUAAAGAUUGUGAAGAUAAAAGAACACUUUAUUAUCAUGAACAGUUACACCUUGACGAUUAUGGGCUUGAUUGUACCUACUGUACUAAGAAGUUGCUCACAGAAGAAAAAUUGCUUCUUCACCAGAGAAUUCACAAAUAUGUUAAUAAAAAGCAUGUUUGCACUUUUUGUAACAAAGGAUUUAAACAACUGGACAAGCUGGAAGCACAUGAGAGGGUUCAUACAGGAGAGAAACCUUUCAAAUGCAGUUUUUGUGGAAAAGCUUUCAAUCACCAGAACAAUUUGAGGCAUCAUAUUCGACUCCACACAGGAGAUACCCCUUAUAAGUGUCUCUUUUGUUCUAAAGAAUUCUCCAAUAGUCAUUCUCUAAGAAAACAUAUGAGUACUCAUGACAACAAUUUAUCUGAUAAAAUGGAUAAUUAUAUGUUUCCUGUUUAAAUAUGAACUCAAUCGACAUUUUUAUAAUUUUAAUCAAUAAAUAUAUUUAUUAUA